GAGCUGUGCACCCCAGUGCGCAUGUCCAUUUCCGGUUAGCGCCAUUUACCACUGGAGGCAAACUGAUGCAGGAGAGGUCAAAGCCAAGCACAUGGUCCCAGCGCUCUAACGGCAGUUUUUCUCUAACACUGAUUUCGAUCCAGAUUCCAGACUGUACUGUUCACAAGUAAAGAAGGGACCAUCCUCAAAAAAAAAGUUUUGGAUUGUGGCGAACUGUCCUCACCCGAGGAGAAAAUCAGGUUUGUUGUUAUUCAUUUAGGAAUUCUUUUCAUGACUUCUGUGAAAUUAUUCAUUUAUUAUUAUUGUGCUGCAUUUCAAAUUUAAGCAUUUUAAUUAUUUUAUUCAUGCUAUCAGUAAAAUAAGAUGUAGGCAAAUAUAACAAGGUAAUACAAUUAAAUCACUGAUAUUGCAGCUCAUUUGAAGUAUAUUGUAUUUUCACAUUACCUCAAAAUUUAGCAGAGCAAACUGAUUUAAUGACUGUACAAUAUAGGUGACUACAGUCUUAAUAUAAUACUUUUUUUUUUCCUGUGGCUGCUUUUAAAUAUAAAAUAUGUUGACAAAUAAUACCAAUGAUAAAUCAUUUGUAACAGUUUUCUAAUCCCAAAUUUUUCAACAUUAGACACAACAAUAGGUGGUCUCUUUAAUUCAAUUUUUUUUUUUUUUUCAGGUGUCUACUGGAAGAGGGAUGCAGUGGACAUGAUGAUGGAACAGAAGUGGCCAAUCAGAGUCAUCGUCACUGAUUGUGACAUUAGAAGAAUCAGUCUUGAUCAGAAACCAGGCAACCUUGAGUCUCUCUUGGAUCAUUUGAAAGUUAAACUGGCACUACCAUAUGACUUCACACUACAGUUUGAAGACCCACUGUUUAACAAUGCCCUCUGUAAUCUGACAGAUGUAUCAGAACUACCAGAUCGAGCCACGCUGAAAAUUAUAAGUCUUGAGUCCUUCUCUUCAGUCUCUAGCACACUGUCCUCACCACGCACAUCUGACACAGAUAUACUAUAUACAAGUGAAGAAAAAUCUCCAAUGAUGAGGCCGGAUCCUUGGCCUUCUGCGUUUGAUAUUCCAGAUUUCUCUGUGGAUGUAAAUUUCCGACUGAGACAGGGAGACCUUGCCUGUAUGCAGGAAGGAAUUCGAAUGGAUGUUUCUCGGGACAUGAAACAUGUGAUCUUAGAAAGACUUGCAGAGGCAAUGUACAAGUACACAGCAUACCCCACAGAAGAACACUGUCAAGAAGUUGCCGCUGCACUGAUUGCGAAACAUCCCUGUCUGAAAGAAGCUGGAUCACCCACAGGAUAUUGUGGAUGGAAAAAUAGCAUUAAAUUCAAGAUGGGGAAUUUUCGUACAAAAAUGAGAAGAUCAGGAAUGGCCGAUGUCACAGUGAAUGGCAACAAGCGAAAAAGGGAUUUCCCAGAAGGAGCACCAUCAUGUAGUAACAUAAAAAGGGCAAAAAGAAGUGAAACGAAUUUCUUGCCAAAUUUUCCUGAUGGUGAAAAUGCAGAUUCGCUCGAGUCUGUUAGAAGACAGCUUGAAAAUGAAGCAAAAAAGAGGCUUCCGGACUCAGCUGAUGUGAAGAAAAUGAUGGACAAGACAUUUGCUUUGCGACGCAAAGAAGUUGUGGAGGAACAGCCUCCAGUUAAAAGGAUGAUGGAACGCUGGCCUGUGCUGUUCACAGAAAGUCAGGUGUUUGCAGAGUUCUACAGAAUUGCCAGUAAGAACCUCAAGAAAGACUUCUAUGAAGCUCUGGACCACCAUACCGCUCGUCUCAUUGACCUCUUCAAAUCCAGAAAAGGAGCUGUAGGCCAAUCACUUGAUCACCUCCUCCAGUCAAUCAAUACACAAACUGACAUCACCACAACACGCACUGCUGUCCUGCAAUGUCUGCCCCUGUAUCUUGGAGAUAAUUCCAGCGAAUUCUUCCUCAGUUGCUCAGAUUCGGACACUGCACAAGACUUCUCCCAGGUGCCUGUUGGGGUUCUUAGAGUCAUGACUGAUGACACGCCACCAGUGAUUAACAGCAUUGCAAUCAUCCUUGAAGGAAACAUAGUCAUGGAUGAGAUUCCCACAACCUCUCUAGGACUUUGUCUUCUGUUCGGCUUGAUAUAUGCACUCCAUCUGGAUUACCCAAAAGGUAUGAAGAACACAUUUGAGUUCAUCCAGAAGACAUUGUUGAACCUUGGACAACAAAAGCUCAGCCCAAAACUCCAAACAUUAAAAAAUGCUCUGUUGAGCUAGAUGUUAUGGCUAGGGAUAGCUAUAGCCUACUGUUUUUUUACCCAACUGUGGUGUGUGAAUCAGUGUGAGUGUGAUGGGGCUGAACAAUUAAACAAAGCGUUAUUUAGUAUGAUAAGUAUUUAUUUUUAAUGUAUUGAAUAUUAUAUUUUGCUUGCUGCUUUUUUUUUGAUGUUGUGGUAAUGAAACUAUGACAGAAUACUCUUUUUUUUUUUUUUUUUUUUGUGGAGCUGAAGAGGUCUUGAUAUUGUAUUCUGAACAAAUAAGAAAAUACACAACACAGUGAGAUUGAUCCCUCAAACAAAAAUGAAUGAAUCGUCACAAUAACUGUCAAAAGAAUUGCAAUGUCUUUGUUGUUUUUUUUGUUCAGCCUCAUUUCAUUCCAUACUAAUCUGACUCAGUAUUAUGGGUGUGCAGUUACUGUUACCUCACAAUUGCAAAAAGGGUGGAGGUACUUGGUGAGCCAACAGUGUAAAACAAAGUUAAUAAAACCAGAAGUAAACUUA